AGGGAUGGCAGGGCGCAAGUUGACACGGAGAGACUGCGCGGCGAUUCCACAGACAUAUCCGGUUAGCUACGGGUGCGGGACUUCUGCACAGUCCGCUUCAAAGCGCCUCUGAAAACCUCUCGCCCCGUGAAUAGGGAACAGCCUGCCCCGGGUGUGGAAACCAAGUAGAAAUAAUCUUCUGAAAAGUGCUUUGUGAAUUCGAGUAUUGCACAAGACACCACUCGAGGGUUGGUCUUCGAUCCCUCUUUAGAAAGUAAUUUGCAGAGAACUUAGCGAAAAAAUGCAAAUAAUUGAUUAUUUCGACUCCCCGGCUUAUGAGAGAUAAGCGGGUGCACUGAAUGCUCAAAGUUCAAGUCACGUGCUUCUUUCAAUAUAUAAAAGUGCCUUUUGAAGUGCCCUUUGCAGCCAGUUAGCGCUCGGAGUGAGAGACAACACCAACCAAGCUGGUGCAACGUGUCCAGUACACAGCAGCUAAGCCGCUGCAAAGUCCGUGGAGCUCUGACAGUGGCACGUCAGGGAGGGAGAUGUCCGCUAUACGCUGCCGGUUGCCCUUCCUUGUCAUCUUCCUGGAAGGGAUCUUACUCGUGCUGAUUGCGCUUUUCGUGACUUAUGAUGAGCACACUGAUUCUGCAGCGCACAGCAAUGAGACAGAUCACAAAUACAAUCAGCUGUAUUCCAUCUUCCCAGUUUUUCAGGACGUCCAGGUGAUGAUUUUUGUGGGCUUUGGACUCCUGAUGGGCUUCCUGAAAAAGUACGGGUACGGAGGGAUUGCCUUCAAUUUUAUGAUUGCAGUGUUUUCCGUGCAGUGGGCUCUGCUGGUGCAAGGCUGGUUCUAUCACUUCCACGACGGCAGGAUUCACAUCGGAGUUUACAACUUACUGACCGCAGAAACCGCUUGUGCCACUGUCAUGAUCUCAUUCGGAGCCGUGCUUGGCAAGACCAGCCCAGUGCAGAUCCUCAUUCUGUCUCUGCUGGAGGUGCCCAUCUUUACUGCAACCGAGUGGAUUAUUAUGGAGCUUCUCAAAAUCAAGGACGUCGGAGGGUCUAUAACCAUCCACUUGUUUGCGUGUUAUUUUGGUCUCAGCGUUACCACGGUGCUUUACAGACCCGGCUUAAAAGAUGGGCACAAGGACGAGGGGGCGGACUAUAACUCGGACAAGCUGGCCAUGCUGGGCACCUUGUUGCUGUGGGUCUUCUGGCCCAGCUUUAACUCAGUCUUCGCAGCGAGUGGACACGGCCAGCACCGGGCGGUGAUCCACACCUACAUCGGCCUCAGCUCUUGUACCUUGACCACGUUCGCCAUCUCCAGCCUGUUGGACAAACGGGGCAAGAUCAACAUCGCUCACAUCCAGAACGCUGCCCUGGCAGGCGGUGUGGCAGUGGGCUCUGCAGCCGAUAUGAUGGUGACUCCAGCCGGGGCAUUCGCCCUGGGCUGCAUCGCCUCGGUGCUCUGCACCGUGGGAUUUAAAUACUUGACUCCCUUCCUGGCCAAAAAACUCAAAAUCCAAGACGUUUGCGGCAUCAAUAACUUGCACGGGAUCCCUGGCUUUGUCGGAGCUAUUGCCGGAAUUGCCACUAUCCUGUUGACAACCGAUGAGAGAUACGGCCACGGCUUGUAUGACACCUUCCCGGAGCGGGUCCCCAAGGAAGGAGAUAUCAAGCUGGCCGAGCUGGUCGGGGUGCUGCCACACCUGAAGGCUGGAGGUGGCCGCAGCGCUUGGGAGCAGGCACAGUAUCAGGCGGCAGCUAUCGGGGUCUGUUUGGGCAUCGCUGUCUUAGGAGGGACCGUCACUGGCUUCAUACUAAAACUCCCCUUUCUGGCUCAGCCCAAAGACGAGUAUUGUUUCAACGACGACGCUUACUUUGAAGUACCCGAGGUGGAAGGGAAAGAAGAAUUCGAAUUUACCAGUAAAAACAGCGCGAACAAUAACCAGCGCCUUAAACUUCCGGUUUGAUUCCAAACUGCUUUUGUUGUGUGCCCGAACGUCGUGUCUGUACAUCAGUUUCCAGGACGUGCCUGAAUUUAGAAAAACACCUUGUGGUUAGCAUACGUUAUGCUAAUUGUCAAAUACUUUACCAGAUAUACUUAUUAAAGAGAAGCCUUUAACCUGAAUUGAGUUGCAAAUUACUGUUUCAGGAUCCACAACGCCCUAACUUCUUAUAAGUGAUUGAAAAUCAGGAUGUGCCCCAUUCCUCCAAAAUCAUUCACAACUCCUGCACAUUCUAUGAGCUUUGCAAAUAACACAUUACUCGGAAUGUGAAUCAGAACAUAUUUGUCACACUUGUUUAAAAAAUGAUUACUGUAUUUUUCCACCUACAACAUUUCGGCGAAUGAGAUACAAAUUCACAAGUCUGGGGUACCUGCCUGUUAACACACAGUGACAUGCUAAUCAUUAAUGUCAGUCUCUGUCUACCAGCCAGGUCAAGUCUACACAGAUGAGCCAUUCAGCCAGUACUUGUGUAAGAGUGAGUUUUUAUUUUUCCUUUUUCUAAACUGCACACUAUAAGACUUUAAUGAAGAAUUUUAGACAAGAUAAUAAUUAAAAGAAUUUUAUUUACUCUGGUUAAGGUAAUGAAUAGUUUUAAGAAAUUCAAAUAAAGUUGUUCAAACACAA